AUGAAGUUCGCUACUGCUCUCGCUUUCGCUGCUGGCGUCGCUGCCCACGCCAAGAACGUUACCUACACCACCGAGGUCGUCACUGCCUACACCACCUACUGCCCCGGUCCCACUGAGAUCGUCCACGGCGACAAGACCUACACUAUCACCGAGGCCACCACCCUCACCAUCACUGACUGCCCUUGCACUGUCACCAAGCCCGUCAUCACCACCUCCGCUGUCGUCUGCCACGACUGCCCUGCUCCUCCCGCCCACCACGGCAACAACUCCACCCUGGUCCCCGUUUACCCUACCGGUAAGCCCGGCCACGGUGGUGAGAGCGGCAAGCCUGGCUCUCCUGCUGGUCCCGGCGCUACCCCCACCGCUGGUGCUCCUUCCGAGGUCCCCACCGCUGGUGCCGGCAAGGUCGCCGCUCUCUCCGGUGCCGGUCUCGCUGCCGUCGUCGGUCUUGCUGCUUUCCUGUAA